UUAGAAGCGGGACCACCGGGGCCCGUACCGAAACCAUGGCGGACUUCGAGUUGUAAAAGGCACCGGUGGUCAUGUGGUAACGAGCCCACUCACAUCAUCACUGGCCCGGCCAGAUGAGCCGAUAAGGCGCAAUCGCUGGUUGAAUGGAUUGUUCCAUCUUUCGACCAGCAAGGCAGGAGUCAUAAACACAAUCGCAGGGCCUGGUCGGCCUCCAGCCACCCUCUGGGGCGAAGCCAGACAGGGAGCGAUAGGAUCUGGCUGGCCCAGACAACCGCAUCCACUUCUGGCGGUCUCUUGUCCAAUCUUGGCCCAUCAACUCACCGGCCAGCCUCAUUCUCGACCGGAGGGGCGACUGAGAAGAUGCUGGGUCUCGUCAGACCUCCUCCCUCUGCAGACUUUUACGCCGAUUCGUGCUUUUGGGAGGCCUGGCAGCGUGACUGUGUGCCGACGCAAAUGCCAUGCGGCAAGCUGGCAGCUCGCAAACAAGGAGAAGAGCAUGAAGCCUUGCAGAACUCAUUUUCCUCGAGCGAGUGGAAAUGCAGUAGUAUGCAUAAAAGUAUAUAUUCAUAUGUGA